UUGGAGAGGAGGCUCACAGGUGAGUGGGAGUGUCUUAGAGAAGGGGUGGGUCCUUAGAGGGGCGGAGCUUAGAGUAGGAGCUCCUAGAGGACAGUUAGGUGAACCUUAGAGGAGAGAAGAGGUCCAUAGAAGGGGGUGUGGCUUGGAAAAGAGGGCUCACCUGACAGUGGGAGGAUCUUAGAGGAGAGGGUUUGGCUCUUGAAGGAGGGGUGGAGCUUAAACCGGAGAGGCGGGUUUGGUAGUGGGGGCUUCCUGAGGCGAGUAGGAGGGCCUUCAGAAGGGGUGUGGUCGUGCGGGGCGGGGCCUGGAAUCCCUGUGGCGCCCAGGACCCCCUGCCUGGAAGCAAUCCCUGUGGGCCUUUCCUUCCCCAGAGAUGCCCAGGGCAGGGCACGUGCCGACCCCCAGCCAUGGAGGACAGCGGAGUGGACGGUCCCCUCCCGGCAGCUGCGGCCGGCCAGGCCCCUGCCCCGGCCCCGCCAGUGGCCCCCCGGGUCCCCUUCCAUUGCAGCGAGUGUGGGAAGAGCUUCCGCUACCGCUCGGACCUGCGCCGCCACUUCGCCCGGCACACCGCCCUCAAGCCGCACGCAUGUCCCCGCUGUGGCAAAGGCUUCAAGCACAGCUUCAACCUGGCCAACCACCUGCGCUCCCACACCGGGGAGCGGCCCUACCGUUGCUCCGCCUGCCCCAAGGGCUUCCGCGACUCCACAGGCCUCCUCCACCACCAGGUGGUCCACACUGGGGAAAAGCCGUAUUGCUGCCUGAUUUGUGAGCUCCGCUUCUCCUCUCGCUCCAGCCUGGGCCGCCACCUGAAACGGCAGCACCGGGGAAUGUCUCCGCCGACACCUGCCGGCUUGGGCCCGUCCGGCUUGGUCCCGGGCCUCCUCCCCACCCUAGGGCCCCCCGGGAGCCUCUCGGUGGCUGGCCCAGCCUGUAGUGCAUGCUCUGAUGAGGGCCCCUGUGUGGCCUGUGGGGGUGGCCCGGAGCCCCCUGGGCCUGGGCCUGGGUCCUGGGUGGGCGGCUGGGGCACGGGUGGGUCGGGCCCCUUCGUCUGCGGGGCCUGUGGUCGAUGCUUCCUGGCAGGGGCGGAGCUGGCUGCCCACUGGGCGGCACACACAGAUGUGAAACCCUUUAAGUGCCCUCGAUGUGAGCGCGACUUUAAUGCCCCGGCCCUGUUGGAGCGCCACAAGCUCACUCAUGAUCUCCAAGGUUCCUGGCCUGGGCCCGAGGGCAGGGAGGGUGGGGUGGAGACCCCCGAGGAGCCCCAGGAGCUCCCUGCUGAGGAGCCCCAAGAAUUCCCCUCCGAGGAGCUCCAGGAAUUCCCCUCAGAGGAGCCCCAGGAGUUCUCCUCAGAGGGUCCUCAGGAGUUUCCCUCCGAGGAAUCACAGGAGUUCCUUUCUGAGGAGCCCCAGGAGUUUCCCUCGGAGGAUCUCCAGGAGUUCCCCGAAGAGGGACCCCAGGAAUUCCCCGAAGAGGAUCUCCAGGAGUUCCCUGAAGAGGGACCCCAGGAGUUUCCCUCUGAGGGGCCCCAGGAGUUUCCUGAAGAGGAUCUCAAUGAGUUUCCCCCUGAAGGGUCCCAGGAGUUCCUCUCUGAGGGGCCCCAGGAGUUCCCUCUGGCAGGAUCCCCAGAGGUGUCUCAGGAGGCACCUGUGGGGGUACCUGGAGAGGGAUGCCAGGAGUUACCUGUGCAGGUUCCUGUGGAGGAGUCCCCAGACGGGCCCCCUGAUCCAGACCUGGAGGCCCCGUUCCCUGUGGCCGCCGAGCUGGGCGAGGCCUCUGAGGAGACCCUGUACCAGUGCGACUGCGGGACCUUCUUUGCCUCAGCGGCAGCCCUGGCCACCCACCUGGAUGCCCACUCGGGGCCGGCUUCCUGCGUGUGUGGGGUGUGCGGGGCGGUCUAUGGGGCGGUGGCAGCCCUGGAGGAGCACCACCGAGGGAGCCACGGGGCCGGGCCCUCUCCAGGGGGGCCUCCAGCUGGGUCUGGCCGUACCCCAGCGGCACUGGCAGCGGCGGCUGCCGGGAAGAAGGUUUUCAGCUGUUCUGAGUGCGAGAAGCUCUUCCGUUCCCCAAGGGACCUGGAGAGGCAUGUGCUGGUCCACACCGGGGAGAAGCCCUUCCCGUGCCUGGAGUGCGGCAAGUUCUUCCGGCACGAGUGCUACCUCAAGCGGCACCGGCUGCUGCAUGGGCCUGAGCGGCCCUUCCCCUGCCAUGUAUGUGGCAAGGGCUUUAUCACACUUAGCAACCUCUCCCGUCACCUGAAGCUCCAUCGAGGGAUGGACUGAGCAGCCCCUGUCCUGGAGAGCCUCCUGGCCUGAGAGGGACCAAGGGAACCUUGGAAUGGAGGGGGGAGGGGGGCGGGAAGGGCUCCUGGUCUGGAGGGACCCCUGAGACCCCCGAGCAUGAGGGCGGAGCCCCAGCACUGAAGGAGACCUGGGCAUGGGGCCAGGGGGAGGGAACCGAGACCCAGGCUAGCCUUGGGGCCCUGCCUAGGGUCAGGGAAGGCCUCGAGGCCCCUGGCCCUGGGCAGAGCCUCCUGCCCAGAGAGAGCCACAUCCAGCUGGCUCCCCAACCUUGCCUUCUUCACUCUCCAGGAACCCUCUGUAGGCAUUAAGGGCCCUCCAACCCCACCCACCCCACCCCAGAAGGCGGGAGGAUGGGACAGGGACCCCAGGGAAGGGGCCGAGCUUGCCGCCCCUGCCUGCCUGCCCCAUCCGCCCUCAGCUGGCGCAGGCUGUGCUGUUUGACACCCCCUCAUGCAAGGUGGAAUAGACUGACCCUGCUGCACCCCCUCUUACCCCAAGGUGGACUGCUCUGAAUGAACAGAACCAACCCGGAUAAGGUCCCCCCACCCCCCACCUCCCAUGGACCAGUCUAGAGUCUGUCUCCCCACCCUGUUAGAACGAAUUAACCGAGUUUGUCCUUUAUGUAGAAUGUGGACUGGUUCACGACUCCACUGCUUCCCCCUCCCCGAGCCUCUCCCUCCCAUCCUUCCCACAAGGAAUGGGCUUCCUCUUAGCCUGGGAACACCCCCUGCCUCCUCUGUGGGUUUUGGGUCUCUGUCUCUCCCGUUUGUGUCUGUCUCUGUGUCUCCCCCCAGGCCGGUCCCAGAGGACGGGGGUCACUCAUCUGGAGGUCCUCGUGUGGGAGCACCUGCUUGCCUCCUCUCUCCUUCCCCACGCCCUCAGGACCCUUAAUAAACUGGCCUGGCACUCA